AGUGUUUGCCAGUCUGCUGGCUGUCCUUGGGUUCUGUCAAAAUACGCGCAAUGCGACGGGCGCAGUUCGGUUAAGCGUUGACGAAAACUGUGCUUCGUUCGCAGUGAAAUACGAGGGAUUUAGAGGCCCGAUGUAUACUCCAAUACUCCACCCUACGCAAUUAGUGAUAAACAAGUCGAGCACAUAACCACGCAAUGCGUAGAUGUUGACAGUGGAAGAGAGUCGUCCUAGAACCAAACAAUGGAUCAAUAUCUCGAGGAGGAGGGCAAAACGGCAACGAAUUACCCUUCUUCGUACGUGACGUGUCUUGAGAAGGAGAGAACAGAGCGACGAUAAACACGCUCCCGAACCUCUCGAACGUUUAACUGUAAUUGGCAACCAUCGAUAUGGAGAAGUCGGACAAAACCUUGAAAAAACGCAGCGCCAGAUCUCUGGCGAUGGAUGGCGGGACGCAGUGUGUUCAAGUCGUUGUACGAUGCAGACCGAUGGAUGAAAAGGAGACGGCAAGAGGACACAUCAGAGUUGUAGACGUCGUUCCAUCCAGAGGAGUAGUGGAGAUCCGAAAUCCCCGCGAAGAUCCGUCCAGGGAUAAUGUCAAGGUGUUUACAUUUGACGCCGUUUAUGACUGGCACUCGAGACAGCAGGACUUGUACGAGGAAACUGUUCGCCCUUUGGUUUCUUCCGUACUGGACGGUUUUAACGGGACGAUAUUUGCCUACGGCCAAACUGGAACGGGAAAAACUUUUACAAUGGAAGGCAUUAGGGCAGAUCCCGAACGGCGAGGAAUCAUCCCAAGGUCGUUCGACCACAUUUUUAGCCACAUUAGCAGAACAGAAAAUAUGCAGUAUCUGGUUCGUGCGAGCUACCUGGAAAUUUACCAAGAAGAAAUAAGAGACCUUUUGCAUCGUGAUCAAAGCCUGAGGUUCGAACUAAAGGAAAAACCAGACACAGGAGUUUUCGUAAAGGAUCUAUCAACUUCUGUGUGCAAAAGUGCAGCUGAAAUUCAACAAUUAAUGAACAUGGGGAAUCAGAAUAGAACGAUCGGAGCUACCAACAUGAAUGAGCAUAGCUCCAGGUCUCAUGCGAUUUUUUUAAUAACCAUAGAAAUGGGAACCAUUGGAGACAGCGCUGGGAUCAGGGUUGGACGACUCAAUCUGGUCGAUUUAGCAGGCAGCGAAAGACAAAGUAAAACUGGUGCGAGUGGCGAGAGAUUAAAGGAAGCUAGUAAAAUUAAUUUAAGUCUAUCCGCGCUCGGUAAUGUGAUCUCUGCGUUGGUUGAUGGUAAAACGACGCAUAUUCCAUAUCGGGACUCAAAACUCACAAGGCUUUUGCAAGAUUCACUUGGGGGAAAUUCUAAGACUAUUAUGGUAGCUAAUAUAGGACCGGCAAGCUAUAAUUAUGACGAGAGUCUGACGACUUUACGAUAUGCAAAUCGAGCAAAGAAUAUUAAAAAUAAACCAAGAAUCAACGAGGAUCCUAAAGAUGCUUUGUUGAGGCAAUAUCAGGAGGAGAUAAAUCGGCUGAAAGAAAAACUUGCACUGAAAGAAACAGUGCAACGUAAGAAGAGGAAAUCAAAGAAAAAGAAAGAAGAUGGAAGUCUGGAUUCAGAUUCUGAAACAGAAGACAGCAGAGAUGAUAAUAAAGUUACUGAGGCUGACAAGAAACUAAUUGCAGAACUUUUGAAAACGGAAAAACAGGAGACUGAAUUUCUGGUGCUGAGGAUAAAAGAUCUGGAAAGUAAAAUGCUUUGCGGUGGUAAAAAUAUAAUUGAUCACACAAACGAACAGCAAAAAGCUCUUGAACAAAGAGCUAUAGAAAUUGCAGAGCGUAAAAAACGAGAAGUGGAAAUGCAGCAAAAGUUAGAAGAGGAGGAAGUAACUACCUCUGGCGUCAGAGAAACAUAUACAACUCUGCAGCAAGAAGUGGAUGUGAAAUCUAGAAAACUGAGAAAAUGUUUUGCCAAGCUUCAAGCACUGAAACAGGAAUUGCAUGACGUCACCGGAGAAUUCAACAGAGAUCGAAGGGAUCUAGAGGAAACGCAAAAUGAAUUAAUUAAGGAGUUGAAGCUGAAGUACCUAAUCAUUGAUAAUUUUAUUCCAGUCGAAGAGAAGCACAAAAUUCUCUCCAGAGUAAGAUUCGACGAGGAUGAAGAUUGUUGGGUUGUGAAAGAGCCAGAACCUUCAAGCGUUGAUCUUAUUAAACGACCCACAUCCGUCCCUGGUGCUCGCAGACCGAUAUCGGAGUAUGCAAAAAUUGCCCUUGCUAUGGGAAAAGGUCAUCGUUAUGCCGGAGAAAAUAUCUUGAACUUGGAAUUGGAUAUGCCACCUAGAACGACACUGGAUUAUCAAGGCCCGGUGAUCGCUCCAACGAUUCAAGCUGUUCUCGAAGAAGCAUUGCGUGACGAAGGUGACAUUGACGUAGAUGCUUCCGAUGCAAGACUCAGAUCUAAGCCACGCCUACAAUCGGCAAAAGUUCGUCCUAGAAGCGUUGUUAAUAAGGUCCAGCAGAUACCAGCGCCGGUUUAUCCUAAAACUAGAGGACUAGUACCCAAGUAGUUAAUGUAUCUUGACUUAAGUUGAAAACUGAUAUUUUUUAUUUUCUGUAAAUAUGUACUAUCACGUUGUAUGCUUGUUUAAUUUAUUUCAUUGUUUGUGAUAUGGCCGUGGGUCUCGAUUCAAGGGAGAGACGGAAGAAUAACUUAGACUGAAUCCUUGUAACUCUCUAGUCAAUGUGCAAUGUCAGCCGCUUGCUAUAAAUAAUGAUUACCCAAACUGCUAAAAUAAAGCACUAUAAUACCACAUGUUACUAUAUCUAAUUAUUCACUUCUUUCAUCAAUGUGCC